AUGGCAGCCUACGUCGGGACAAACCAGACCUUCAUUGCACAGCAGGCAAAGUUUGCUAAAUUCAGUCCUUUGCACACUCAGAGAUCAGUGCUUGCCCAGCCGACAUUCAUUUUUGAAAAGAAGGACCGUCCCUUGAAGCGGCCUGCAGAAGACCCAGUUUGCAAAGCUGAAAAUGAUUUCAUUAGUUGCUCCAGAAAGCGUGCAAGAUCGUCAUCUUUUACUUUGCAGAAGUCUGACUCUCAGUCUAACACAGUAAAGAAGAAUAACAUAUUCAUGACCUCAGCUCUUCUUCAAAGAAACCGUGAUUUGAUCAAAAGUACAAACCAAGGGUGCUUGUCACAAAGUCAAUUGCGGAAUGUCAUUAGACCUGCCAUUUUACAACCCCCACAAGCCCUGACCUGCCCUGAAAAUCCUGUAGUAUCUCUGGUAGCUAAGAAAGAAGCACGUGUUCAGCUAUCUGAAGACAGCUCUUAUUCCUCAGCUGAGAAUGCAGUAAAUUCGAAACCAGCAGCGAGGUCACCUACUACCAUGAAUCUUUCCAGCUCUAAAACAACACAAAGUCAGUGGUUUGAAGACAGAAUUGUACAGAACAGCAGCAAUUCUGAUUUUGUGUUUGGAGAAAACAUGGUUGAAAGAGUUUUGAGUCCUGAAAAUAAUCCCAAGCCGUGUAAUGAAGCUGAUUCAUACAAAGGAGAAGUAACAUCCAUGUACAUAGAAUCUUUUCAUGUCAGUCCACAAACACAAACAGCUUUGCUGAGGAAUGCAAUGCUAAUUGAAUCAGCAGCUGCUUGUAUUUCCAAGCCAGCGGAGAAAAUUCUGUUAGAUAAAGUUGAAGUUAUAACUGGAGAAGAAGCAGAACACAAUGUAUUACAGAUCAACUGCAAGCUCUUUGUGUUUAAUAAGCUUUCUUUAACUUGGAUUGAAAGAGGCAGAGGAUCCCUGAGGCUUAAUGACACUACUAGCAAUAAAUGUGGAAUGUUGCAGUCAAGGCUAAUUAUGCGAAAUCAAGGCAGCUUGAGACUGAUUCUCAACACCCGACUCUGGAAUCAAAUGGUUAUAGAAAGAGCAAACAGAAAGAGCCUGUGCUUCACUGCAACAGACCAAGAGGACCACUCUGUUCAAGUAUUUCUGAUUCAGGCAAGCUCAAAAGACAUUGGAUACCUGUAUGCAGCAAUACAUCACCGCCUUGUGGCCUUGCGAAGCUUUGCUGAGCAAGAGCCAGAUGCUAAUCAAGUAGACACAGAGUCAGAAAUAGCUUUUCAGCCAUUAAACUGUGAUAGUGAUGAUGAAGAUGAUGAAAAAAUAACUCAAGUGACCAGCAGUGGAUCUGAGACUUCUGACACAAAUAUUCAGAUGACAGCCAGCAAACAGAUUCUGAGAUAUGAGUGUCAGCUUGCCUUGAAGGGAUCUAACUAUGCUGGUCUGCUGGAGCGGCAUCGCAUUCAUACAAAAAACGUGGAGCACAUUGUAGACAGUUUACGGAGUGAGGGGAUAGAAGUUCGUCUUGUUAAACGUCGAGAAUAUAAUGAAGAGACAGUUCGGUGGGCGGAUGCUGUUAUAUCAGCAGGAGACAGGAAGGAGUAUCAAUAUCUGAGGAAACCAGUGGCACUUCAAGAUUUCUACCUCAACGAUUUUAUUUAA